AGACAAAGCUCAACUGAUGAAUUGGGAGAAAUAUGGUGUAAGGAUUGGAGUAGAAGAAGGAAGCCUAUUGUCCUCUGAGACAGUAGAAGCAGCAGUGGUUGCUCUUGUAGGAGGACAGUUCGAGUUUCCUCCUAAUACUGUGCUAGUGAGUGCUGUGUAUGCAGUAUCACUCUCAAAGCCUCUCCUCAAACGACUUAAAUUAGAGAUACAGCACUGCGUUGAUUUAACAGGACGACCAGGUCUUAGUCAUUAUCUAAAGUUUGCUAUAGCUCCAGUGAGCACACCCAGUCUUCCUUACCAGUUCUCAGUGGUUGAGGAAGGAGAGUUUAGCUCUAAUAGUGGGUAUGGAUCCAUUCAACGUAAGAAGUUCUGUUUAGUUUGUAUACUGGGAGAAGAAUCAACUAAUGGAGAUUCAGAUUCAGAAGAUGAUGAAAAUGGAAGCAAUGAUGAUUCUUCUAGUCAUUCAUCAGAUUCAUCCAGUGGAUCAGACAAGACAGGUGGUCCACCAGGAGCUAGCAAUGGAGCAGCAAAUGAAUCUAAUCAAGAGGAGGAGGAGGAGGAGGAGGAAGAUGAAGGAGAUCAGGAAUUAGGUGACAAAACUGAAGCAGUUACUGAAGGAGCAGCAACACCUCUCACUGUAUCUGACAGUAAGAAUGAAUCAGAGCUUUCAAGCACUGAUAAAUUUAAAGGUAUAGGAAAAUUCAUGAGGUACACUGGAAUGCUCUAUUAUGAAAAAGACGGAGUAGAAGAUUUGGUUACCUUCACUGCAGCUAAGAAACUAAAUGCUCUCAUUAAGUAUAUCACAAAAAAGCAUUCUCAUGCUAAAACAGGACAGUAUGUUUAUUUUCAUUUCAAAGAUAAAGAUGGAUACAUUGAGUUACAGUUUGAUGCUCCACAAGAUGAGCCAGUUACUGGAUGGGAUAUUAAACCUCACAUGAAACCAUGUAGAUUGUAUCGUUGUGAUGUUGACAAUUUUGGUAGCAAAGAUUAUCCUCUUCCUCCAUCUUGUCUGAUAUCAGUGUAUGGAUCACCUGAUGCUGUCCCUACACUACAUUACUCCAUACCACUGGAAGGUGUGGCUGAUCCUGUUACAUUAAACAUUCAUAGAGCACGAAGAAAUCCUCCUCCUUCAACAGAUCCUACUACCUCCUCCUCUAAUGUAGUACAUGAAUCAGCAUCAGUAUCAUCCACUGGAGGAGCUAAUCUUGCCAGUCAGUUAUAUGCAGCUUAUCUUAUUAGAGAAGAAAUCGGGGAGACUCGUAGCAUGGAAAAGUUUAUUGCAGAGUUCAAGGCUAGUCUUAGUUUUAUGAGGAAGUUACCUAAAGUACAGGAGCACUGUCAAAAGUUUCUAAACUCAUUCAUUGCUGUAAGAGGCAGUUAUGCUAAUGCAGCAGAAGCUUUAGUAUACGGAUUUAUAAAUCGUUAUCUUCCGUUCACAAACAAGACGUAA